AUCAAAGUUCGUGAAAAGUGGAGGAAAAGUGAAAGCGGGAACUUGGAAGAGCUUGCAAGUACGGUAGGCUCUUGCUCUUUCCAAAGUGGUUUGGGCAGAGAGAAAAGGAGAGAAGAAGCUUCUUCAAAUGGUGGAUUGAUCAGAGAUUGGCCUAGGUCAGGCGCUUUUGGAGAUUCUGAGCACGCAAUCUCUGAUCAGACAGGCAACCUGGACGUGUCUCGCUGUCUGAAAGUUAGAAUUUGCUGGGCAUCAGAAGCAGUCUGGUAGAAAUUGCUCUGGGAUGGGGCGACACGUGCACACGUGGGUCGCUGUAAAUCUGCAUAUUGACAAUUCCGCUAGCCCCAUUUCGGAUCCCAGUUGCCUAGAUUCAGCAACAUUUUGAGGGAAGCAGAUUGUUAAAUUAGACGCCAGAUCGCAGGAGAAGUACACUUACAGCUCAAGAGUUUAGGUGGCUUGCAAAAAGGUCCGUUUAGAAAGCUUCCAGUGGGUCACCUUAACUUACUCUACACAGUUCUGUUAAUGCAUGCCAGGCUCAUAAGAGCAGUGGCCUGUAACUUAGAAGAACAGGCACAUGCAAGUGUCGAACACCAGGGCGAAAGGCCGUUCUAGCUCCAAGAAUAUCAGGCCGCAAAGACGUUCUCUGACACACAUUGACAAGGAAAAGGCAACUUGCGGAGACCAUACGGCCAUAGGCGUUGCACAGCCUUGGGCACAAGGUGUCACUAGAAGUAAACAAGGGCAUAGGCCAUGGCGAUGAAGAAAGCGAUGCUGAGUUUGAGCAAUAGUUUUAGAGGGACUCCGGCGCCGGUCACUACCAGGGAACAGCUAGAGGAUGAACACACCACAAAAGUGCUCGAGCUCCGAAAGCUACUCGGACCUCUGGAGGGGCAUACGGCGAUCUUCUGCUCCGAUGACUGCCUGGUGCGCUAUCUGAAGGCGAGGAACUGGAAUGUGAAGAAUGCGGAGAAGAUGCUCAAGAACACAAUCAAGUGGCGGGAGGCGUACAAGCCGGAGGAGAUUCGUUGGGCUGAAGUGGCCCACGAAGGUGAGACGGGAAAGGUGUACCGUUUGGCGCGGCUGGACAAGAAGGGGCGGCCCGUUGUGAUCAUGCGACCUUCGGCCCAGAACACGAAGGACCACGACCAGCAGAUCCGGCACCUCGUGUACGUCCUCGAGAACGCGGUCGACGCCGCGACGAUGGCCGGCAGCGAGAAGAUCGUGUGGCUCAUCGACUUCCACAAGUGGAGCCUCCGCAGCAGUCCGCCCAUGAAGACGUCGCGCCAGACGCUGGACAUUCUGCAGAACCACUUUCCGGAGCGCCUCGGGCUCGCGGUCUGCUACAACCCGCCCAAGAUGUUUGGGAUGUUCUGGAACUUGAUCCAGCCGUUCGUUGACCCCGUGACCCACAAGAAGGUGCGCUUCGUGCAAGGCAAGUCGAAGGAUUGCAAGGCGCUCAUGGAAGAAACGUUUGAGCUGGAGCACCUAGAGGAGGCGUUCGGUGGGCAGAGCAAGGCGACCUUCGAUUUCGCCGCGUAUACGCAAAUGAUGGAGGAGGACGAGCGGCGGAUAGCGCAGUACUGGGACCAGCCGGUCUCGUCGUCGAGUCGCGCAAUCGCGGUGGAGUCGAAACGGCCCGAGGACGUGUUGGUGAACGGCGUUGCCGCGAUGAAGGUCGUGGAAUAGCAAACGGUGGGUUUGGGGCUCAGGGAUUGGUGUAAGCUGGCUGGGUUAGCGUCUGGGUAACCUGGCAGGAUGAAAUUGUUUUUGGGCGAUGAUUUCUCCCAAAGAAAGGGGGUUAAGAGGAAGGUUUUUACGAGGGCUCGGAAGGAGGUCGUCGUGAUUACGAGACUCUGUCGUGUUAGUCCCGUAGGCGAGCGUCCAAUCCGCAUAAGUGGGUUCAGUUUAGGUCGUAGCCAGGUCUUUGCCAGUCCGUUGUGCAUAGCCUAUUGAAGGUUUUUGACGAGUUGGUUUUGGCGCGCAGACCGGAAGCACAAAGGUGACUGACACCGCAUUGGUGGGAUGGGUGUAGGAUGCUGUUCUGAUGGCGCUCAGUCGGCGUUAGCUAGUAUCAUUGAACUAUCUUUGUAGGUGAUCGGCUACGUUUUGAGCUGCAAAUGCUCUUUGAAUACCAGCGUGUCACUAACCGGGUCGAGCUUGCCUGGACGCCGCAACUAUGAAAUGACAGUAUCGUAUGUUUCCUUUUCAUGCAACG